AUGGCAGGCAUACGCCUAUACGAUUAUCGGAAGCUGACACCGCUUGAUAGCGGUCAGAUACGCUUGCUCAAGCUCCAUCCGGGAGAAGUUAGCUCUGAACUCAGAGGUCAGCUGAUCGUCAACAAUAUUAAGUCUACCAAUAGGGGGCCUAUGGGGUAUCAGACAAAGAGUGGCAAUGACACAAGAGCUGGCGCUUCUACGAUAGACUACCGAGCCUUGUCUUACACAUGGGGAACAGGUCAUCCGUCCAAUCAUAUUACCAUCCUUCACGACAAUGAGCCCUAUACGAUUCCUAUCAAACCCAAUCUGGAGGACGCUCUUAUCCAACUCCGCUCAGCUGAUGUUGCGCUAUUCUUCUGGAUUGACGCGUUAUGCAUGGAUCAAAACGACAAUCAGGAAAAGAGCUCGCAGAUACCGAUGAUGUCCGAAAUAUACAAACAAGCCGCCAGUGUGUGUAUAUGGCUGGGCCGAGAAGAGAAGAAAAGUGACUUGGCUCUGUGUUUCAUCAAGCGUUGUGUCAACCUGGACGACAUCGACCACCUUUGUCAGGAUCCCAAAUACGCGGAGGAGUGGGAUGCAUUACUAUCUCUGAUGAGGAGACCAUGGUUCAACCGGCGAUGGAUCGUCCAAGAGCUAGUACGAGCGACCACGGCCAUCAUUUAUUGCGGCAACAAGUCUCAACCGUGGCAGGAAUUUGCCGACGCUGUUUCACUGUUUUCGUUCAAACAAGAUGAUAUCCGAAAGCUCUUCCAGCGAUCGGAACAGUAUAAUCAUCACCCAGACUAUAUUGGUGAUCUGGACGAGUUAGGAGCAGUGAAACUUGUGUAUGCUUGGGACAACGUUUUCCGGAAGUCUGAGGAUGGCCUCUUCCACGAGAACCUAUUAUCUCUAGAAGCCCUCGUGUCGUUUUUGACAGUAUUCGAGGCUUCUGAUCCUCGUGAUACUCUAUACGCCAUCCUUUGGUUGGCCAAAGAUGCGAAACCUGUGGAUAGACACGCUACUAACUGGGGAGAACGUUUAAAGGAUAUAAUCCGCGAAGACCAGAAUAGCCAGAGGGAACAGUUUGUAUGGGAAAAGGUUGAGUCUCCACUUACUUUACCGAGGCUCGGGUCCGACAUCGACUCCCGCAGGAGACGCGCAUCGAGUGGGAGCAUGAGCGAGUAUGACGGACAAGAUGACUCACAGGAUGGUCGCAGCGUACUUAGCGGCAACUUGCUACACUCAGACCCAGACAGCCUGCAUAUAAGUGCGGCCGUGAACCCUCUCGAAGCGGUGGUAGAACAGGAUGAAAACUCCUACCCUACCAGAGUUGAGGCGCCGCCGAUUCGCAUCACUCAACAUCUCACUGAAAUAUCGGGAAAUACGGCGGGACGUAAUCCGAAGGGAUCGUUAUCCAAGGAUCAGGCUCGAAAGGCUAAGGGAGUGCUCAGGAGAAUGGUUGGGAGCAUUGAAGGUCAAAGGGUCAUAGUCAACUACGAAAAGAGCGUCUUUGAUGUUUGCCGAGAUUUUCUAGAAUUCGUUAUUCUACGAUCUAAGUCCCUAGAUAUUCUAUGUUAUCCCUGGGCCCCCGAGCCGGAUAGAAACAAAAACGAGCGGCCCCUCCCCACCUGGAUUCCAAGCCUUCGCAAUAGCGCGUUUGCCGUUGGGCCAAACCGAGCAUAUCGUCGGGUGAAUGCCGAUCCCCUCGUCGGCAAACCCGGGUUGGAUAUGAAGGUAUACAAUGCGCAUAAAGAUCAUCCCGCUACUGGUUGGAGCGUAUUACCAGAAAACCCGCGUAUUCUAGUUCUCCGGGGAGUCGUGUUGGACACAAUAGGACAGAGAUUCACGCCAGCAAUUGAAGGUGUGAUUCCUCUGGACUGGUUAGACGCUGUAGGCUGGACUGAUCCCAAGGUCUCUCCACCAGACGUCUUCUGGCGUACUCUGGUUGGGAAUCGAGAUGCGCAUGGAAAACGACCGCCCUCGCAUUGGAAGCGUGCCUGCAAGGAUACAUUUAGCCGGCGACCCCAGAGUGGAGACCUCAACAGCAAGGAUCUCUUGUCAUAUAACUGCCCUUCUGCUGUAUAUCAUUUCCUCAAACGCAUGCAAUGCGUCACGUGGAAGCGCAAGCUCGUAAUGUUCGAGAAACACAGAAUGCCGAACCAUCUUGGUCUCGCACCCGCAAAAGUAAAAAAGGGCGAUCUGGUAUGCAUAUUACACGGCUGCAGCGUGCCCGUUAUCUUGAGAAAGUAUGUGAGUGAAAGUUUGCCCGUCAAGGUAGACCAAAGUGGCUGGGGCUCAAGGAACGUCGAGUAUGAAUGGGUGGGUGAGUGCUACGUCCAUGGGUUUAUGGAUGGUGAGGCUGGCCGACUGCCGGGGAACCCACAGGAGGAUAGUGCAACUCUCUCCCCACUUUCGAAUCCUGGGGAUAGUCUGACUCUCUCCCUUGGGGAUAGUGGGAAGUUUUAUAUUAGAUAA